GAGACUGACUCAGGAAUAGGGAAAGUGGUGGGGACAGCCUGAGUGCAGGACUGUGAAGGGGAAAGGCAGGCGUCUUCCUUGCUAUGGCUGCAACAAAGGCACUUCUGAUGCUGGAAAACUUCAUAGAUGGAAAGUUUUUACCUUGUAACUCGUACAUAGAUUCUUAUGACCCAUCGACAGGGGAGGUGUAUUGCAGAGUGCCAGAUAGCGGAAAAGAAGAGAUUGAAGCUGCAGUCGAGGCUGCCAGAAGAGCCUUUCCCGGCUGGUCAUCCCGGAGUCCCCAGGAGCGAGCGCAGGUCCUCAACAAGCUGGCAGAUUUGCUAGAGCAGUCCCUGGAGGAGCUGGCCCAGGCGGAAUCUAAAGACCAAGGGAAAACCUUAGCACUGGCAAGAACCAUGGACAUUCCCCGGUCUGUACAGAACUUCCGGUUCUUUGCUUCCUCCAUCCUGCACCACACGUCAGAGUGCACGCAGAUGGACCACCUGGGCUGUAUGCACUACACCGUGCGGACCCCUGUGGGAAUCGCUGGUUUGAUCAGUCCUUGGAAUUUGCCACUCUGCUUGCUGACCUGGAAGAUAGCUCCGGCGAUGGCUGCAGGGAAUACCGUGAUAGCCAAGCCCAGCGAGCUGACCUCAGUGACCGCGUGGAUGUUGUGUAAACUCCUGGAUAAAGCAGGUGUUCCACCAGGUGUGGUCAAUAUCGUGUUUGGAACGGGGCCCAGGGUCGGGGAGGCCCUGGUGUCCCAUCCAGAGGUGCCGCUCAUCUCCUUCACGGGGAGCCAGCCCACGGCGGAGCGGAUCACCCAGCUCAGUGCUCCCCACUGCAAGAAGCUCUCCCUGGAGCUGGGGGGCAAGAAUCCCGCCAUCAUCUUUGAGGACGCCAACCUGGACGAGUGCAUUCCGGCCACCGUCAGGUCCAGCUUCGCUAACCAGGGUGAAAUCUGCCUCUGUACCAGCAGGAUCUUUGUCCAGAAGAGCAUCUAUAGUGAAUUUUUGAAGAGAUUUGUAGAAGCUACCAGAAAGUGGAAAGUCGGCAUUCCCUCUGAUCCAUCGGCCAGCAUGGGUGCUCUGAUAAGUAAAGCACAUUUGGAGAAAGUCAGAAGCUAUGUCAAGAAAGCUCUUUCCGAAGGCGCCCGAAUUCAGUGCGGGGAGGGUGUGGAUAAGUUGCACCUCCCCGCCAGGAAUCAGGCAGGCUAUUUUAUGCUUCCCACGGUGAUAACAGACAUUAAGGAUGAAUCCUGCUGCAUGAAGGAAGAGAUAUUUGGUCCAGUGACGUGUGUCACCCCCUUCGAUAGCGAAGAGGAAGUGAUUCAAAGAGCCAACAACGUUAAAUAUGGGCUGGCAGCCACUGUGUGGUCAAGAGACGUGGGGCGCGUCCACCGCGUGGCUAAGAAGCUGCAGUCGGGCUUGGUCUGGACCAACUGCUGGCUCAUCAGAGAGCUGAACCUUCCUUUCGGGGGGAUGAAGAGUUCUGGGAUAGGUAGAGAGGGAGUUAAGGAUUCUUACGACUUCUUCACUGAAAUCAAAACCAUCACUGUUAAACACUGACCUUUGCCCAUGGUGAAGCCCUUAUGGUCAAUGCCUGGCUGCAGAAAUCGGUUGCCCAGUGUGGUGAACUGAAAUAUUAGCAUGAAUUCUAGCCAUGUUGUGACUUGGCAGAAGCUUAUCUCUAGCCUAUCCUUAGUAGUUAGUAAUUUUACCUGCUGGUGAAGAGAUGCUGUUUAUGUUCAAUAUGGACUCAGAAAAGGAAAGACUUCUGAAUAGGAAGGCACAACAAGAAAGCCAAACAAUCGCUAGGUUCCUCCCAAGUAUGUCUUUAUAAUAUUUUUUUCCAUCAUCGUGAUAGAAUUCUUGGGAACUGCCAGAUAAUCAGAUAUUUUCAUCUGCAAGUAUAUGGUAAAAAAAAUCUACAAAGCCAAAGAGAAAUGAAUAACCAUAAUUUCUUAGCUUUGGGGAGAUUGUGGAGAUGGUCUCCUCAUCCAUUAACCACUAGCAUGGCCAGUUGAUAAUUGAUUGGACCUUAUUAUGUAAGGGGACAGUGGAUGUCCUUGGAAUUUGUCAGGGGAGACCUAUAUGGUAGGCUCUGCUAAAUAUAUCUGUACAAGGACAAAGAAAAUAACUACCACUUUUUGGAGAAAACUUGGAACCAGAAGAGAAAAUAGUUUAAUCCAUUCCUACUGUCAAGUCUGAUCAAUUCCAGUUCUUUGUGUCUGCACUUAAUGAUGCUUACAACUUACUAAACCUGAAAGAAGAAUAAAUGUUAAGCAAAUUUA